AUGACUGCAUGGCCUACUAGUUCUGCUGCCAACUUCUCUAGACUCUCACCAGAACCAGGGGUGAAAAUGAUCAUAACGCCGAAAGUUUUUUAUGCCACGUACGACACGAUGCCUCCUCCGAAUCAAGUGAUAAUGUUGACGUCCACGCACAGUGUCAUAAAGGAUCAUAAUCAAGUUGCGAAUCUUAAAACUUCUGGCCAUGUGACUGAGAAAUUUAUCAGAGUUGCAGGCAUUUUAAACAUCAAAGAAAUCGCAGGGCGAGUCCAAGGCUUGAGGAGAGAGAAGGAACCAGUUCGUAGUAAUGCACUAGAGGUGCUCGAUACAGCCGACACUGGUCGACUUGAGCAUCGAUUGGUGGAUCCCGAUGUCAAGCUACCAUGCGAUCUGACGCAAUGUCGAUUCCUCACUUCAAUGUUCGAACCACUUCUUGCCUUAGCAGAUACUAUUAAUGGAGGAAACCUCGCCACAAAUGGCUGUAUGAGCUCUCGAAUCCGACCAUCGUCCUCUGAUGCCGAUACUCCUGCCAUGGCCCAAUAUACAUGGUUUCACAGUAGCAACCUGCCUACUUGUGUGCAGGUAAUGCGCCAAGGCGUGAUCAACGACAUCAAGCGAGAUAGGAUCAAGCAACAAGAGAUGCAGCACCAGAGGCAGCAGUAG